AUGGACCGAAGUGCUACCAGCAGAAACACUGGCUCAAGUGGCCAUGCCGCUAAUGGCGCUCACUCCGAUUUACCGGACCUGGCUACUUAUCAAGCACAAUGGGCCAAAAUCCAUGAUGAUACUGUGCGCCAGAUCAACGAAGCCCUAGCAAUCCCCUUCAAGCUAGCGAUAAAUGAUGAGCAUCCGGAGAAAUUGGCGAUAUCGGGUGUUUAUCGGAACUCUGUUGAUUCUGACUUUUUGUUCGGCAUCUGCUUGCUUUUUCGCUUGGGAUGA